AUGCUCUUUACCAAACUACUUCCCCUCGCUUCAUUGUUCAUCGCCACAGCAGCCGCUGAUUCGUUCAACGAUGGCGGCCACAAGCCCCUUGGAGGCUUCAAGAAAGUGCCCAUCCUUUGCAAAGGUCUUAAGACCGAGGACAACGGGUGCACACGCUACACCCAAGGUUUCGACAUUACUGGGGUCGUGACGACACUCGAGCUGUCGUUCCCUGACGUCAAGAACGUCUGCGACUGCAUCCAGGAAUGCCUCAAUCGCCCUGGGACCUGUGCCAAUUACGUUUUCGACUUUCACGAUGCCGACGCCAUCAAGAGCGGCCACCGCACCUGUAUCCUGUACUCCAACUUUAACCUCCCCAGCGACGUCACCGUUGUUUUCGCCCCCGACGACCCGCAGAACAUGAACAUCCAGACGUUGGAGGAUAACCCGCAGGCGGGUGGGCCGGUCCCGCAGGCAUUCACCGACGACCAAGGCACAGUCCCGGAUGAUGGGGCCUUCUCCGGCUGGCAAACGGAAAUGUCCAGUGUUGAGGAUGCAAGCGCCUCACAAGGAAGUAAGACUAUGCUUGAAGUGUUUUCGUAG